AUGGCUAUGGGGUUCUCCUCAAUCCAAACCAGCCAUUUAAGACCUUCUUGCCCUUCUUAUUUCUCCGUAUUCCGUUCCUGCCCCCGCUCUUCUUCGUCCAGGUCUCUAUGGACUCGUACCAGGCCAGAGGUCUGUGCAGCCAAAGCUGCUCAUGAUACUUUUUCAAAUAAUACGACGAUCUCUUUGAAUCCAGUUCACUAUCAUACUGAAAGAGAAUCUAAUGGCACUAAAAGUGCCUGGAACAACAAGGUUUUUGCACUGAGAGAAGAAAAAAAAGUAAUGGAAAAUUAUUUUGGAAGGAACGUCUCCCGUGCAGGAGGUAUUAAAACGAAUAGCCAAGAAGGGCUUGAGGGUUUCACACAUGUCAGUACGUGUGAUAAGUUGGAAGAAAAUUCAGAAGGCUCAUAUUGCAAAAUAAUUGAUUAUGGACAAUUGGAUAAAACACCUGGUGAAGGAAAUCAUGUGGACAAGGUAAAUGGUGAAGCAAAUCAUGUGGACAAGGUAAAUGGUGAAGGAAAUCAUGUGGACAAGGUAAAUGGUUAUGCACAUGAUGGUCUGGUUGUGUCAACUUCCAGUAGGAUUGAAAAUAUUAAUCUGGAGAAGGUCAAUGGUCAUGCACCUGAGGGUCCAAGACAAUUGGGUGUGGCUAAUGGGUCACAAUUAGGGAAGACCUCAAAGGUCAGGAAGGGGACUGAUUCUGGACGAAAUAAAGAUGAAGCUGCAGCUGUGAUUAAAGGGGACAAGUCUCAUGCAAAAGCUUCUGCAAUUAAAGCUGCUACAAAAGCAGAUAAUGAUUGCAAGCAAGAUCUUCGUAUUAGGCUUAAUACCAUAUAUGACAAGGUUCUUGUUGUCAAUAGUGUCUCUGUUGCAAAGAAAGUUGUGAAGAUGCUUACAGAUCAAUACAGGAAUCUUGUCCAUGCCUGUGACACAGAGGUGGCUAAGAUAGAAGUGAAGCGAGAAACACCUGUUGAUCAUGGAGAAAUAAUAUGUUUCAGUAUUUAUUCUGGACCAGGUGUGGAUUUUGGAAAUGGGAAGUCUUGUAUUUGGGUGGAUGUUCUUGAUGGCGGCGGCAAGGAACUUUUAAUUGAAUUUGCUCCUUUUUUUGAAGAUCGCUCCAUCAAAAAGGUUUGGCACAAUUACAGCUUUGAUAACCAUGUAAUAGAGAACUAUGGGCUUAAGCUUUCCGGUUUUCACGCCGACACAAUGCACAUGGCGCGCUUGUGGGAUUCAUCAAGGCGGAUAAAGGGAGGCUAUUCUCUUGAAGCGCUUACACGUGACCCUAAGGUCAUGUCUGGGGCGGAACAGUGUCAUUUGAAGGAUUUGGUUGGUAAAAUAUCAAUGAAAACAAUAUUUGGCAGGAAGAAAGUGAAAACAGAUGGAAAAGAAGGGAAAUUGACCAUUAUUGAUCCUGUUGAAGUGCUACAAAGAGCAGAGAGAAAAUUAUGGAUUUGCUAUUCUGCCUUAGAUGCAAUAAGCACACUAAAUCUGUAUGAAAGCAUGAAAAUGCAACUAGGCAAAAAGCCGUGGGAAAUCGAUGGAAACCCCAUUUCUGGAAAAUCCAUGUUUGAUUUCUAUGAAAAAUACUGGCGACCGUUUGGUGAGCUUUUAGUUAAGAUGGAAACUGAGGGAAUGUUGGUUGAUCGAGAACAUUUAGCUGAGAUUGAGAAGCAGGCCAAAGCCGAACAAGUGGUUGCUGCUAACAGGUUUCGUAGGUGGGCUUCUAGUUACUGCCCUGAUGCCAAGUACAUGAAUGUGGGAAGUGAUGUGCAACUACGCCAGCUCUUGUUUGGUGGGACCUUGAACAGCAAGGACUCCGAUCAGGCUGUUCCAACUGAGAGGACUUUUAGAGUUCCAAACAUUGAUAAAGUGAUUGAAGAUGGAAAGGAUACAACCCCAAAAUAUCGCAAUAUCACUCUGCAUGGUAUUGGUGUCAAUCUUCCGGCUGAGAUUUACACAGCAAGUGGUUGGCCCUCAGUUGGAGGAGAUGCUUUGAAGAUUUUAUCUGGGAAGGUCUCUUCAGAAUUUCAUUUUAUGGAUGAUGACAUAGAUGAUGUUGGAGAUGCUUGUGGAACAGUGAGUGAUGAAUACUUGGUAAAACAAGAAAAUAUGUCUGAAUAUGUUGACACAUCUACUUAUGGGACGGCUUUUGAAGCAUUUAAACCAAAGGAGAAGGGAAAGGAAGCUUGCCACGCUAUUGCUGCUUUAUGUCAAGUUUGCUCAAUUGAUUCGUUGAUAUCCAACUUCAUCCUCCCUUUGCAGAGCAGUAAUAUAUCAGGCAAGAACAGGCGGAUUCAUUGUUCCCUAAAUAUAAACACGGAAACGGGGCGUUUAUCUGCUAGGAGGCCUAAUUUGCAGAAUCAACCUGCUUUGGAGAAAGACCGGUAUAAGAUCCGGCAGGCGUUUGUAGCUGCACCUGGAAAUUCUCUUAUUGUUGCUGACUAUGGACAGCUGGAACUCAGGAUUCUUGCUCAUCUUUCCAACUGUAAGAGCAUGUUGGAUGCCUUCAAAGCUGGUGGAGAUUUUCAUUCAAGGACUGCAAUGAACAUGUACCAGCAUAUUUGGGAAGCCGUUGAGAAAAAGGAAGUGCUACUUGAGUGGGAUCCUCAACCUGGUGAAGAUAAACCCCCAGUUCCACUAUUGAAGGAUACCUUUGCUUCUGAAAGAAGGAAAGCUAAAAUGCUUAACUUCUCCAUUGCAUAUGGGAAAACUCCAAUUGGGCUUUCUCGGGAUUGGAAGGUAUCUGUUCAGGAUGCAGAGCAAACAGUUAAGCUCUGGUACAAAGAAAGACAAGAAGUGAGCCUUUGGCAAGAAAAACGCAAAGAGGAAGCUACAAAGCAUGGACAUGUUCGCACAUUGCUAGGACGGGAACGCUGGUUCCCCUCAAUAGCUCGUGCUAGUCGCGCUCAAAGAGGUCAUAUCGAAAGGGCUGCUAUUAACACACCAGUGCAGGGUAGUGCUGCUGAUGUUGCCAUGUGUGCCAUGUUAGAAAUAUCCAAUAAUGCGCAUUUGAAUGAUCUUGGGUGGAGGCUGCUUUUACAGGUUCAUGAUGAAGUGAUCUUGGAAGGGCCAUCUGAGUCUGCUGAGGUUGCAAAGGCAAUAGUUGUUGAGUGCAUGUCGAAGCCCUUCAAUGGCAAGAAUUUCCUUAAGGUUGACCUUGCUGUUGAUGCCAAAUGUGCACAAAACUGGUAUUCUGCCAACCAAGGAUUGCUAGAAGAGGGUUCUAUCUGCUGCUUGGUAGCACUAUGUGAUUUUGAGACCAUGGGGAAGGCUCAUGGAAAAGCAUGCCUUGUAUAUAGAUUAGUCUACUAA